AUGCCUCCCAGAGGGCGACGCGCUCGCUUGCAAGCCGACAUCCAGGCUGCCAGCCAUGAAACCAUCCCCCACGUUUACGGGAUAGGGAAAGGAGAUGCCCAAGAUGAAUUUGUUUUCACCUUUGUUCACCCUGAGGUGCCUCGUGGUGAGGUAAAACUUUACGCCGCGCCCCAAGAUAGUACAGAUUAUCCUGUGAACCAUUAUUUCCUUGUAUAUGCUAAUGAUGAGAUCCCAAAGGAUAUUCGUAAUGUCCUCGAUAACGCCAUGACAUCAACAAGGGGCAUGUUGAUAUUAGAUUUCCUCAAAACUCUCAGCCGACUGCUUUGUACCACUUUGGAACCUACGAUGAAGGACGAAUAUAGCCAGCCUGAUGGCUCAGACAGCUCGGUUGGAAGUGAUGACGAACUUCAGUUUGACUUUGGAGAUGAUGUUGAAUUUAACGACCCUGGCAUCAUACAAACACCGAUUUCAGAUAUCAUCUUGCAGAGAAUUCGGCGAGACUUCAAGGCUGUGCGCAAUGCAGGCUUCAAAGUUGGAAAAAUCUGUGGUGUCGACCACAUCUCAGAAGAGAGCAUCGCGGCGAUGUCCAUUAAAGUCAGCAAAUUGUGCCUUUCACCAGAAACCCUCAUGGCUUGGAACCUACGCUCAUCUGACUAUCUUGUUCUCCUCAUGAAAUAUACUGGAAACUAUAUUUCAUUCGAGGAUGCCAUGGGAAAACCCACUGCACAGAUUCCUUACCAAUUCAAGCUCCGGAGAUGUUCAAGAUACCGGCCAACACCGGCCCAAGCCAUUGCGGCCUUCUCAUUGCCUUCCCGAAAAAGGGGGUUCGAGCAAUAUACACAAAAUCCUCCUAACGACGAGAACUCAACCGUGUCUUGUGGUGAGUUUGGGAUUGGUGGUUCCAUUGACCUCCUUCUCACAGACUUCAUCAUUAUAAUGAAAUUGAGAAAGAGGUGUAAUGUCUCUUGGGAUGAUGCCAAGAGAAUUCGUUCAGAGCUCAAUAGCCAGAGUCGGGAUAUUUCAUCAAUGAAUAUUCCAAACCCAGGCCUUGACCCAACUAGUAAUCCGGACACGAAUAUGCCCCCAAUUCUGAUGGAUGACCACCUAUCAAGCAGGGGCCCUAUUUCUCUUCCUCUUGUCGCAAUGCAAUUCUCCUUGCGCUACUUGGUCAAGUGCACGGACUACUGCAUGAUCUGUCAUGAGAAACUUGCCGUCAAUUUUGAUGCACUCAAGCCAUAUGUCUGUGGUAAUCCGCUCUGCUUGUUUCAAUACAUGAACGUAGGUCUUGGCCCAAGUAUUGAUCACGAAAUCAUCAACCAAGAAUAUGUCGUCGACCUACUCAUUAGCUUUUGUUAUGCUAGCUUAUAUGGCUCCGAGAGACCACAGAUACGUGAAUUUCCAGUAGGGUUGAAUCUCCAAGUACCCUGUGUGAAGGGAUAUCUUCUGCAAACCAGCACGGGUAAGGUUAUCCGGGAUUUUGGAAUACUAGUGGACCCACGAGCAGUCGAGAUAUCCUGGCCUCGCAGUGAAGUCAGGUUUAUCAACGAAAUACACUCUUAUCAUCCGGCGCUGAACGUUGGCCAUUGGGUAAUUAUCCGUACACGUCACGAUCUUCGAAAGGUCAACACGUCUCUUCGAGAUGUACAGAACCCGACGGCUCGCCCAGAUACAGGGACCUUGGAUAUUUUCCACUAUGCACGUAUCGAGAACAAAUUCGGAUCUACCCUUCACCUCCACAUUGCCUCUCGGUAUCCGGUACCUCUAAGACUGAGCACCUAUAACUAUGUUCGAGAAUGGAAUUGGGACUCACUGGACUGUACUUCCGGAGACUUAGUUCUAUGUAACCAAUCUCUGGAUGAACUCGAGACCCCUACGGAAAAGGCAUUGUCGCUAGUAUUAUUACUCAGUGCCUUGCCUUCUGUUACUGAAAUGAGAUCGUAUUUGAUGGCUGACCGAUCUCGGCGAUUGGCAACGUGGGAUCGGAUACCUUUGGAAUCGAUGAAGUUGCUAAGAUGGAUUAUUGCCUCGAACCGUUCCUUCAUUGUCCAGCUGGAUAAUCCGGCCGAUACAGGUAUCAGUUCAAACGACGGGGAAACCAAGAGGCCCGAUCGAUCACAAGAGAGGAUACCAGGAGUUGACGGUUGGAUUCAGUUCAGAUUCGCGCAAGGGUCUUUGGAAAAGGAGGCACUCUUCUUUGAUGCUUUAGACAAGGUGCAAAAACCGAACCGCACGAUUCUCGCAUGGCAUGGCAGCAACAUUGGAAAUUGGCACUCGAUUAUUCGAGAAGGUCUCAACUUCAAAGUUAUCAAGAAUGGCCGAGCAUUUGGUGAAGGCUGCUACUUCAGUCGAUCAUGGGAUUGCAGCAUCUGCUAUUCUGGAGCAGGUUCCAUAGUACCCCCAAAUGCUGAUAUUCCGAUCUGGCCUCAAUCCUGCUUGAAGAUCACCGGUGCUAUGAGCCUCAAUGAGCUUGUCAAUUUACCUGAGAAGUUCAAGCACACCAAAAAUUGUUAUGUUGUUGAUAUCCUGCACUGGAUUCAGUGUCGAUAUCUUUUUGUUCGACCUCUCAAUUCUUAUGAAUCAACGUCGAGCAAUAAUGAGGCAGCCUCGCUUGAUAAAAGAAAGACGUUUAAACAAGAUCCACAAUACGCAAUAACAGGACCAGGGAACAAACAACUACUUAUUCCAGAGAUUGCGAUUCCUUCGGUCCAACGAGGACAACAUCGCGAUCCUUCGUCUUCAGAUUCGAACAGGGUUGAAAACGAUGACACCGAUGAAGAGGACAGAGAAGACGUCGACUUUCUUACCUUUGAAGAUGAUGUAGCACGUCACAACGUGCUCAGCGUGGACAGCCGCUUUCCUCCAACCCCGGACAACCAGGAAUGUCAAACAGAUUUUCGCCCGGGAAGUUUAGACUUUUCCCAGCUACCCCAACUUCCUCUGCCACCCUACGCAACUGGGGCUGCCCAGAAAAUCAUCCAAAAGGAACUUAAGAAGCUUGAGAAGAUCCAAUCCGAAACACCUCUGCACCAACUCGGCUGGUACAUUGACUUCGAGAAGAUCGAGAACAUGUUUCAGUGGAUUGUCGAGCUGCACUCAUUCGACCCGAUCCUGCCCCUUGCGGAAGACAUGAAAACGGCCGGGGUCACUAGCAUUGUGCUAGAGAUUCGAUUCCUUCGUGGGUUCCCGGUCACCCCGCCGUUCGUUCGAGUGAUCAAACCCCGGUUCUUGCCUUUUUCAAUGGGUGGUGGCGGGCAUGUAACCUCGGGCGGCGCCAUGUGCAUGGAAUUACUCACAAAUACGGGCUGGUCUCCAGCGAAUAGUAUGGAAAGUGUGUUUCUGCAAGUUCGACUAGCGAUGUGCAGCACGGGAUCUAAGCCCGCGCGGUUGGAGAUGCAGAAUGGCGGCAACAGCCAAUACAGCAUAGGUGAGGCCGUAAGCGCCGCAGAACGCGCCUUUCGUGUCCAUGGGUGGGAAAUUCCACCAGAGCUUAGAGAAUCCAUUCAAUCAUGA